GGCGAUUGUGAUUUGUCACUGGAAAUCGAAGCAAAUUUUUGCAGUUUUUCUUUAUUUUUAUUAAUUACCGAAGUUAUGCGGAAAUUCAUGUUAAUGCUCCUUCAGUGUUUGUAUUUUACUGAAAUUUUUAAGUUUUAAUUUUUAAUACCGAAAAUUAUGAGUGCGACUGACGAUGAUCUGUCGCGCUCGUCGACGGAGAUACUGGACUUUCUGUGCUGUUCUCCUUAUCCUCAUCCUCUUCGCAUUCUCCCUCCAUACCCCUACCAACGAAAAACUGCGGAAUAUUUUCUGCAAUGAUGCCGUGGAUCCAGAUCCUCCCGCAGCGGAGCAGUCCUCCUUCGUGUUGGAUACAUCGGGGACCUACCGAAUCUUCCCCGAUGUCUUCUCCGCGCAUGCUCCUCCUCCGGCUCCCGCCGUUCUCACCCUCUUGACGCACACUUCCUUGAAUAAUCUACGCUAUGUACCCCGUCUGGUGGAGCGAUGGACCGCGGGGAUGGCGGUGGCGGUGUUUGUCCCGCCGGGGUUGUUGGGAGAGAUCAGAGAGGUGUUGGAUGGGAUGCGACGGUGUUAUCCCUUGGUUGCGGAGUAUGUCACGUUCCAUGUGGUCUCCCCGGGGGUGGGGGAGAAAGGAGGCCUGGGGCGUCGAGGGAAAGGGGAGUUGCGGGGAUGUAAUGGGUCGCUCCCGCUGCGUUAUUGGGAGCUGGUGAUCAGUGGACAAUGGGCAUCCCAGAACUACAACCUGGACCAUCCCUACCCCAACAACCUCCUGCGCAACGUGGCCCGCCGUUUCACCCUCUCACAGUUCUACCUGACCAUCGACGUGGACAUGCUGCCCAGCGGUGACCUCUACACCGACUUCCUGGCCUUCCUAUCCCCCUUUAACUACACCCUGGCCACCCCUCCGCUGGACCACCAGGUCUUCGUCCUCCCGGCCUUCGAGCUACGCCGCCCGGACACCACCCCGGCGCACAAACCGCAGCUGCUGACGCAAAUGCAUCAGUUACAGGCGCGGCCUUUUUACUUUGAAAUGUGCUGGAAAUGCCAGCAGCCCACGGACUACCGGCGCUGGGAGACGGCGCCGACGGAAGGGAAGAUGGCGGUGGCGUACGACGUGGAGUGGCGCGAUCCCUGGGAGCCGUUUGUGAUUGUGCAUCGUAGUGCGCCGUGGUUUGAUGAGCGGUUCAAGCAGUAUGGAUUUAAUCGCAUUAGUCAUGCAUGCGAGCUGUUCGUAGCAGGCUAUAAAUUCUCCGUAUUGGACACGGCAUUCGUGAUGCAUUUGGGAUUUAAAACCAGCGACAAUUUCCACCAGACGAAAACGGAGGAACUCAAUCAAAAUCGCCGAUUGUUUGCUAUUUUCAAAGAGGAACUGCGGAUGAAAUAUCCGGAUUCCACUCGGAAGUGUGAAUGAAUGGUGUCGGUGGAUUUAUUGACAGGCCAUUAGUUUUAUUGGUUUUUUUAACUUAUUUAUUGUUUUUGCGGACUGUGAUAUUAUUAAACAGUGUGUUUAACCAUGUUUAGAAAUUAAAGAUCUUUUUUAAUUUUGAAUAUUUUAUUUUUACUGCUCUAAUUUUCGGUUGUUAUUGUCGGUUGUGUACAGCCGACAGCGUUGUGCAGUUUCCAAAAUUAAUAAAAUAGAAUUC